UAAGCUACGAAUCGGCGGAACUGAUGUGCAUAGCGGAGUGCCAAAAUAUAUGAUCCUUGCACUCGUAAUCAUUAUCUGAAAGAUUGUUUAUCAAAUAUAACAAAAGGUUUAUUCACAUUUAUAUCACAUUUGUGCGACAAACGAUUAUCAAGAUUGCCAGGUCUAGAUUAUUCAUGACAUAGCUCAUCAACCAAUCAUCGACUGCACGAAAAUACGUUGAAAAAGGGUAAGUAUCAAUGCUAUGCGAUAUAACACAUUCAUUAUUUUAAACCUUAAAUUUUACUAGAAUUCUUAAAAUGUACUUCCAGUCUUUAUUUUAUCAAGAUAUUUACUUCAACGAUUAAUUCUGAACAUUACUGUUCACUAAAAUUUCAGGCACAGCGACCUACUCCUCCAUUUUUCCGUGACUAUGGCUCAUGUGGAUAAGUUCAUGGCAAGGCCGGAAUAAAAUUCAAAUUAUAACAUCAUAAAAUAUUUCAAACCGAAUAAUUGGAUAAUGAUAUUAAGCAAUACUAUUGGUGAUGUUGAUUUUAUAUAAUAAUGUCAUCCAAGCAAGAAUAAAGAUUUGUAAUUCCUAUUAUUAAAACUAAUUGUAAAAGUAGUACGAUAGUCAGAUCUCAGUUGCUGCUUAAAGCACAUGCUAGUUACAACAUUAUUUUUCUGGAUAAAAAAUGUAUUACUGUGGUGGUAGUUUUGAACAAGAAAAAUGACCGUAUUUGUAGAGCAUUGCUUGAUAUACCAACUGUUAGAUGUAAUCGGUGAGUAGUGCACCGACUGCUAUAGAUGCACAUCGAUCAUCCGCGCUGGAUGCUGCGACAGCGAGAUUGAUAGGACAGGUGUACGCGUCAGACCGAUAGCGAUGAUAAUGUAUGUGUGCGUUAGCCGUAAGACGCGGUUCAGGCAAAGUUCAAUUGUGAAUUAUAAAGAUAAAAUAAAAGUGAACUAAACAGAAAUAUUAUCAAACACCAACAUUUAACGGCUUCAUGAUAUACAAGCAGUCAAGCGAUAUCAAAAUUCAUCACCUGAGCUGAUUUGGAGAGCUACAUCGACCAAAGAGGAAUUGCCAUUGUUUUUCAUUAUCAAAAGCCAUUUAAAGCAUUGCGAAAAAAUACUGUUGGGAAAAGACAGUUUUUGCUUCCAAUAGGACUCAGCUACAACCCAUAAGGCUUCAAUGAAGUUGUGCGUGCGGCUUGCAAUGACUUUGCAAUUCGUUUACGUGCGGUUAUCAAAUACAAGGAAAAACGAUUUUAACUCAACUAAGAUUGUAUCAUUGUUGUAUCAGGUGUAUCAUUUUUACAUUGAUACUUUAUACAUCGACCCACACAAAUUUGCAGGAGAAGGACGCAUGUAAAAUAAUUAUUAAAAUAAAUCAUUUAAUCGAUACUUUAUUGACUUUGAACGAGCCUUUCCAAAAAGUGUGCCGUAGAGUCUACUUCUCGAUACAUAGAGUAGAAUUCCCGUAAGAACGAGUCAAGAAAUUGUCCCAAAAUUAUCAAAACUUCUGAAAAACACAGUAAUGAUUAGUCCAUCAAUCCAUAUUACGAUAAUCAAGGGUGUACAAGUACGACGGAAUGAAAUGUCAUGCUAAAAAUUGUUCAGUAACUUUUAUAUGCGAAUAGUUUCUUCCUACCUUUAAACAUCAGGGAAAUCCUGAAUGUUGCGGCGGGCCGCAUUGGGACCGCGGCCCGGACUUUCCCGACCGCUAGCUUAAACCAUGUACGUCAUAAUGAAAUCGAAAAUCAAAGCGAACUCUCGGCACCAGUUUAAAAUCGUGGCACAUAUAGAUAGCAUGAGACGAUUAAAAAUAAACUAUACCACAGCCGUAACAAUUCUACACAGAACCAUGACCAAUAACUUCUGUUAUGUUGCAAUUUGCAUAAAAGUUACUUUCACCACACAGAUCUUCAAAAUUUACAUUUUUGCACAUAGUGGAAGAACAGGUUUUUUCCUCCCUAAAACAACAAAACACUGAACAAGAGCAAAAGUUGUCCAAUCAAACCAAUUCGAAUAUCUUCGCUCUCCUGCACAGUCUGGCGUGUUAAAUUCGAACCCGCAUGGGUUUUUCUCAAGCCCCUACUUCUCUUGUAUUUUUGCAUAAAAUUUGCCAGAAUUUUUUUUAUUUCGCAACAUCAGCUACUUAUGACGUAUCUGCCAGUAUUAGUGAGAAUUCAGAACGCGACCAGUACGGACGUGCACGGCUCUGGUGACCACGCGGUGUGAUAUUAUAAUUAGUGUCGGUUAGACCAUCCCCGUAAAAGCUUUAGGGAUCAAUUUGGAACAUAUAUAUCUAACUAUAUGAUUCAAAGCAUCAUUAUUGCAUCGAAAUGCUUCGUCGACUAACGUUUUGGUGCGUGAUAGUGUUGUUCAUCUGUAGGUGGCAAACAUCUAUGGCUCAGUUACCUGGAGUACAAAGUAUCAUACAAUUCUACCGGGACGGCGAUGAACGUUUGAAGUAUGAAAAGCCCGAUCAGCGACCCUUGCUGCCCGAGUACGAUUUCAUCAUUGUUGGUGGUGGAUCUGCCGGCUGUGUUUUGGCAAACCGACUCACAGAAAUAUCCCAUUGGUCGGUGCUGCUGAUCGAAGCUGGACCGCGCGAGAACCUUUUGAUGGAUAUACCGAUAUUUGCCCAUUAUCUACAGGGAUUAAGUAUCAAUUGGGACUAUCGUACGAAGUCAAGCGAUCAGUGCUGUUUGGCGUUUAAGAACAAUCAAUGCCGCCUUCCUCGGGGCAAAGUGAUGGGCGGCUCAAGCGUUCUUAACUACAUGAUCUACACCCGCGGUAAUCGCCGAGACUAUGAUGCGUGGGCAGCAAAAGGAAAUGCUGGCUGGUCCUUCAAUGACGUGCUGCCGUAUUUUCAAAAGCUUGAGAAAAAUAUCGUUCCUGACUCUCACCCUAUGUACGCUGGUCGCAAUGGCCCCGUCACGAUAUCAUAUCCCAGCUAUCGCACCAGCGUGGCUCGCGCGUUUGUGAAAGCAAACAUGGAAUUAGGCCUGCCCUACGUUGACUAUAACGGACCCAGCCAGAUCGGAACAUCCUUUAUUCAAAGUACCACAAAGAAUGGCCAACGUGUAUCCUCCAACAACGCCUAUCUUUACCCGAUACGAAACCGAACCAAUUUGCAUAUUAUUCGAAACGCUCACGUCACAAAGAUUUUGCUCAAUCGUGAUACGAAGAGGGCCACAGGUGUUCAGUUCUAUGCGAACCAUCGCUAUCAAAAGGUUCGUGCUCGUCGUGAAGUGAUUGUUUCCGCUGGGGCUAUAGGUUCGCCACACCUGCUCAUGCUGUCCGGUAUCGGUCCGGCCAAGCAUCUACGCCUGAAAGGUAUACAGCCCUUGGCAAAUCUUGCCGUCGGGUUUAACUUUCAAGAUCAUGUGGCGGGUGGAGCAUUAACGUUUCUCAUCAAUCACACGGAAACGCUCACUUCCAAACGCAUGUUCACAUUGGAAAGUUUUGUGGAAUACGAACACCAACACACAGGUAUGAUGGCGUCUACUGGAGCGUGUGAGGCGAUCAGUUUUCACGACACAACACAACCACCCAAUCGCGCCAACGAAGCUGGUUGGCCCGAUCUGGAACUGCUAUUAAUCGGAGGCACACACGCAGCCGAUCGUAUUUACGAAUCCAACUUUAACUACAAACCGGAAACUUUUAACGCCCUGUUCGGUGAUAUUGAGCGACGUGGACUGGAGGGAUACACAGUAUUCCCGAUGAUUUUACGACCCCGCAGCAAGGGUCGAAUACGUUUGGCCAGUGCUGAUCCCUUUGAGCAUCCGAUUAUUCAACCUAACUACCUCGGAGAUCCGUAUGACUUGGAGGUUUCGGUGCGUGGGAUCCGUAAGGCGAUUGAGCUCACGAAAACUAACACGCUCAAAAGUUUCGAUGCCCGGUUGCUCGACAUUCCGAUACCGGGGUGUGAGCAGCACAGAUUUGACACCGACGAUUACUGGAAGUGCUUUACGCGACACGUGACGUACACGAUCUACCACCACGUGGGUACGUGUAAGAUGGGCCUGGCAAGUGAUAGGCUGGCGGUGGUAGAUCCCCGUCUGCGCGUGCACGGUGUGAAGGGAUUACGGGUGAUCGAUGCUAGCGUUAUGCCGGAUAUUCCGGCGGCUCAUACCAACGGGCCAACAAUCAUGAUUGCUGAAAAGGGUGCCGAUAUGAUCAAGGAAGAUUGGAACUUGUAAGGAAUUGUUGCAAUAAAAAUUGUGUUACUAUCCUAGCCUGUGCAGAAUUAUACAUUGUCUUUCGCGGUUUACAACCAACCGGUGAGCCACAUAGCAUUUUGAAAAGAUUAUAUGCUACGUCUAAGUAAAAUACCCAAUGCCUAAUACCGGUGCAAUUGAAGCAGUUAGUUCAUCGAUUACGAUCAUAAAAUACACUUAACCCAUAUCACAAUUAAAUCGGAAAGCAGCAGAUAUUUGGGAUACUAACCAACCAAUUGUUUGUUGUUUAUUGAUUAGUUUUCUUUAAUUCAAGUGGUCACGUAUUUUGAAAACAUUUUUAGAUAUAUGUGUAUCUCUAUCUUCUCUAUAUACAUACAUAAAAAACUCGUGCCACGGCGUUUGUUGCCAGCAACCUCCAAAACGGCUAGAUCAUUUUCAACGAAACUUUGCAUACACCUUAUGGUGGCAUGAGAAUAGGUUUUAUGGCUUACAGCAGAUGUUACACAUAACUUAAUUUAAUUUACCGAUACGAUACUGUGGGAAAUGGGAAUCAAAAGUAACAAAGAAAAGAUGGUAUAUUUAGUUAUUUAGGAAUAACUAAAUUUUCCAGGCCAGCUAGGAACAUAUGUAAUGAGAUAAAUAUACAUUGCGCUAACAUAUUUAUAAAUUAAAUUGAAAUUACUCCACAAAAUACUUAACAGCAUUACGUAAUAAUGCACAUCAACUGCAUUGAAUUUGGUUGUAGAACGGUUCCAAUCAAAAAUAUGUCAAGCAACGGAAAUUGUUCCACAAGAACCUUCCAGCUAAAAUAUAGAAUAUGCCAAUAGAAUGUGAACACAGGAAAUAUGUUUAUAAACCAUACCAUCUAUCGGCUGAAUGUGCAGUAAAUUAGGUAAAAAUAAUUGAAGCUCUUUGAUCAGAGUUUCCUUGAAAAUUGCUCAAACAAAGUUAUCAUAUUUGCUGCAAAUUUUGUUUGAUUUCUUUGAUUUUAAGUUUGAUUUUCUUAUCGAUUCAUGAUUAUGACCAUUGCACCUUCGGUCACCUAACACCUAACUGUGUUAAAUACAGUAAGAUUAUGUGUGUAAAUAAAAUUUUCGUAAAUUAUACUUUUUUAUCAAUGGACGAUAGGGUCGAGAUCAUUUUGUAUUAAUAUCUUUGGUUUAUCAUGAAGAUAGAAAGCAAAUUUUGUGCGCCGGUAUUUUGGGAAAAUUCUGUAUUUUUUAAGUGUAAAAUGGAUACAUGACCAAUUUUGUGGGUUCCGUUUUCGUGCCCUCCUCGAGACCACGGGGCCCUACGUGGCCGUUUAGUUUGCGUAGUGCUGUAUCCGCCCUUUAAUCCAGAUAAAAUUGAAAUAUUAUAACAGAUUUUAUUAACUUUUGUCUACACAAAGGUUUAACAUUCGGGAUAAAAGACAGUAACGUUACCGGACCGUCGCAUGAGUAAUCUGGAGAGAUGAGAUUAUUUGUUAAUUUGUACUUGUUAAAUGAUUGGUCAGCAAGGCGAUCUUAUCACUUCCCUAAAAAGAUUAUCUUAGAGGGCAAUAAAUAAGAAUGAGAAUAUUUGGAAACUAUACAGCAGUGAUCUCCAACCUUUUUAUGAUUACGAACCACUUGUGUUUGAAAAUACAUUUUCCAUGGCCUACAU